AUGUUGAGUCGAGCGGUGACGACGAGCGCGCGACGAUGCCGCGCGUUGGCGUCGUCGCGCGCACCGACGCGCGCGUUCGUGAGCGCCAAGCUUCCCGAUUUGGACUACGACUUCAGCGCGCUCGAGCCGGUGAUUUGCGCAGAGAUCAUGGAGAUUCAUCACCAAAAGCACCACAAUACCUACGUCACGAACUUUAACAUCGCGCAAGAGAAGUACGCGGAAGCGGAAGCGAAGGGUGAUUACGCGGGGAUGAUCGCGAUGCAGCCGGCGAUCAAAUUCAACGGCGGCGGACACGUGAACCACGCGCUGUUCUGGAAGUGCCUGACGCCGCCGAAGGACUACGCGCUUCCCGAGGGCGAACUGCUGAAGAUGAUCGAGCGCGACUUUGGAUCGUUAAACGCGAUGCAAGAUAAAUUUACGGCAGCCACAGUGGCCGUGCAAGGCUCUGGUUGGGGCUGGUUGGGCUACGACAAGGCGAACAAGAAGCUCGCCGUGACGACGACGGCAAACCAAGACGUCUGCUUGAGCACGGGACUGACCCCGAUCCUCGGUGUCGAUACCUGGGAGCACGCUUACUAUUUACAGUACAAGAAUCUUCGCCCGGAUUACGUCAAAAACCUGUGGAAGAUCAUCAACUGGAAGAAUGUCGGUGAAAACCUUAAGAGCGCAAUGUAAACAAACUUAACAAAACAUUUCCUC